AUGUUUGGAUCGGAAGGAAGCUUGCCCGAUUACCUCACACGAUUCGACACUGGCAUCGCCCCUGAAUCAGAAAGCAGUCUAUCGACCGAUGUCCUUGACCAUAGCUCCGAAGAAGUCUCGCUAGAAGACGUGAUAGAGGAGCUUCACUCCAAUAAACCUGUGCACCCGACCAUGUCAUUCACCCCGUCAACCAAGUGCAGUACUCGGGUUGAGAAGCUAGGCUACGCACCGAGCAACGCAGGCUACGAUGCGCGCCGGAAUCCCAAGUUCGGUCAACAGGCACAUGAACCACUACCGAAUCACCGAAGCGACGAGCUGAGAUGGGUGCGAGUGAACUGCGACGAUAAAACCGACGAGCUCGCAUUCAGCACUCGACUCGACGCGAAGGUCAUGGUUCUACUGGGUCGAUCGCCCGGCCCGUCCGUCACCCCACCCAGCCGAAGUGGUCAUGAUGUUAUCUCGCAAUCGCCCUCGCAAGAGAAGGUGAUGCGAAAGUGCCUCGUCACAAGCCACACCCCGAUGACCAUUUAUCGCAUCACGUCCACCACACAGGACAGGAGGAUGAUUGGAUCACUGCAUUUCGUCAAAACCGGCUAUUCUGCCACCAUCGCCAACCCUCACAAGGCAUUGUCACAGAAGCGAGCCAAUCGUGCAGAGUACAGACAUCAGAAGCGACAGGCAACAGCCGCCGAGCUGGGCUCGACGAAGCAAGUGGCGCUGUGA